UUAGACGGAGUUUUUGCGUUACUUUAAACAUGUGUUAUAGUAAAAUUAAAAGGAAUGUAUCAGUUACUCAGAGAGAAAGUUUUUUUUAUUUGCUUAAAUCUGCAUGGCUAGUGUAUCAGUCCAAACAUGCGUACAUGCGUAGUGACAAGUUUAUGCGGGGAGUACUGCUUGAGAGUGCAUCAGGUGACCUGAGAUAGAUUUAUCCUUUCGAAAUCAUACAUUUUUAGGGGAAAAAAGCCUCUCCGUUUGGUGCGAAGUGAUUAAAUUGUCCUCGAAAGCUCCUCCUCCGUCGGCGGAGACUGGGCGGGUACUGAGACUACACGCGUUGUGCUACCUGCUUAAUUCCCGUUAUUUAGGAAUCACUCAAGGCAGUAUUGUUGCGUGUUCGGUGGCUAUGGAAAAUCUUUAAAACAGAAGACAGAAACCUCUGCCACGUUGAUUCGACGUUGUUGCUCUAUAAAUUACUCGUCACAGUUGCAAGACUAACAGUCCAAAUUGUCGCGGGAUGCUUUAUUUCAGUUAUUUGAGUGUAUUUUCCAACGAGACUUAACAACAUUGGAGACAAUUUGGAUGAAGUUGGACUCACGAAAGUUUUAUGCUUACUCCAAUAAAACAGAAAGAGGAUUUAAUGGGGACAUCCAAGAGUAAAGAAAACCCUGGACAAUUCUUUCAAGCACUUAAUAUUGGAUGAUAAUUCAUAUGGCGUGAAGGAUAGUGCCUCUGUCAAAGGAGCUUAAUCCGCUUCUUUUUGGCGAAGUGUCGGAGCGCACAAGAACAACUGCCGCAUAAAUAACUUUUAAUUAACAAUUUGGAAAACUCCAACGUCUUGACAGAUAACACCCUAUUCAUUCCAGACUGGAUAUACAAUGACAAGCUGUUGGUUUGCUUUCGCGGGGUUGUGGUGGAGCUCUUAUUGCAUGUUCCUUAUUGCAGGUAGCAAUUAUUUAUUCGAUGGCAACAACGAAGUUCAUCCGAGCUUCGUUCAUCGGAGGUUACGGACGCAUGAGAAGAGAGAGAUGCAGAAAGAGAUCUUGUCCAUCCUCGGACUGCCGCAUAGACCUAGACCUCAUCUUUCACAUGGCAAGUACAAUUCUGCACCGCUCUUUAUGAUGGAUUUGUACAAUACCAUAUCUAACGAAGAGAAGAACGAAGUGGACGGGAUUCUGGACCAAUACAAGUCCAUGUUUACCACGCAAGGACCCCCUUUGGCAACUUUUCAGGACAGUGCCUUCUUAAACGACGCGGAUAUGGUCAUGAGCUUUGUAAACCUGGUGGAGUACGAUCGGGAGUUAUCCCCAGAGAGACAUCACCACAAGGAGUUCAAAUUCAACCUCUCCCAAAUCCCAGAGGGGGAGGCCGUCACAGCUGCCGAGUUUCGCAUCUACAAGGAGUGCGUCAGCCGGUCCUUCCGCAACGAGACCUUCCUCCUCAGUGUCUACCAGGUGGUUGGGGGACGGCCAGGCAGGGAUGCAGACCUCUUCCUGCUGGAGUCCAGGAGGCUGUGGGCUGCAGAGGAAGGCUGGCUGGAGUUCGACAUCACCGCCACCAGCAACGUGUGGGUCAUGAGUCCCGAUCACAACCUGGGGCUUCAGAUCAGCGUGGAGACCCUCAGUGGGCAGAGCAUCAGCUCAAAGGAUGCCGGGCUUGUUGGUCGUGACGGGGCCAUAGAAAGGCAGCCCUUCAUGGUGGCUUUCUUCAAGGUGGGCGAGGUGCACGUCCGCUCCCCACGUUCCGCCAACCCAAAUGGCAAACGGCGGCAGCAGAGCCGCAACCGCUCCAGCCAGCCGCAGGAGUCAUCUCGCGGCCCUGGCCAUACAGAUUACAACAGCAGUGACCAGAAGACGGCCUGCAGGAGGCACGAGCUGUAUGUGAGCUUCAGAGAGCUGAGCUGGCAGGACUGGAUUAUCGCACCUGAGGGCUACGCGGCUAACUACUGUGACGGAGAGUGCUCCUUUCCCCUCAAUGCCCACAUGAACGCCACCAACCAUGCCAUCGUGCAGACACUGGUGCACCUCAUGAACCCUGAUAACGUGCCCAAGCCCUGCUGCGCACCGACCAAGCUGCAUGCCAUCUCUGUGCUCUACUUCGACGACAACUCCAACGUCAUCCUCAAGAAGUACAAGAACAUGGUGGUGCGGGCCUGUGGCUGCCACUGACAACCCCCGUCUCUCCAUCCACCUUCAUUUACCCACCCCCCCCCAUCCCCAAAUCGACCCCCUCAUACUCCCUGCCCAACGGCUGCAGCUGAGACAGUGUACACACACACACACACACACACACACACACACACACACACACACACACAAUGGAAAUGUGUGCUACCCCUCUUCUCCCCCCAGUGGACCAGGAUAAGCCUGAGACUGCUAGGACAAGGACCUGAAAUGCGUGCUGCUUUGACGUCCCUUCUUCCUCCUUCCUAUGAGACAUUUGAAGUUCUCAUUCAGAGACCUUUAAAGACUCGAAACACCUAGAUCAAAGAGGUGGACAGCUAUAUCCGAGUGCUGAGAGCCAAUCGUGCCUUACCUCAUCGUGAGGCAAUCAUAGUUACAAGUCACAGAAAAACACAACUAUUAUGUAUUAGUCCAAAUACAUCCUAUACCUAAUACAGAUAUGUAUACUGUAUCAGACUAACCAAAGCUUGAUUUUAACAAAAACCCAGUUGAAAUCUAAGGAAAUGUAUGUCAUCAUACACAACAGUAGAAAUGCAGAAAUCUGGAGAUGCCCCCCCCCCCACACACUCUUUCUUGUUAUAUAUUUUAAGCCAUUUUCAACCGUAAUCAUCUUUCUAAAAUACACAGCGAGCUGAACUUGGAUGAACCAAGAGCUACCAGAUGCUAUUUUAGCUCUAAACAAAUCCGCUUAUUUUCAGUCAGUCAAUAUUUGCCUUACCCUACCUGUGGUUUACAUACACCGAGUUGGCUCAAGUGGUUUCAAGCUUCGACGGAACUGAAGUGAACUGAACAACUCUUCCAAAGUGCUGAAGAGAAAACCAUUUAGUUUUAGCCUUCCUUACCACAGUGCAUAUAGAACUCCAUUUCCCAUCAUACAUCUGGCCUAAUUUAAUCUUUCAGUUUAUCUAUAUAAAAAAAAAAACACCCAUUUUACACCAAAUGACAUGAUUAUUUCGAAAGGGGGGAAAAGUUACUUAUGUUUGUCCUCUUGUUUUCCAGGCUUGUCAGAUGUUGUUGUUUGUAACAAUGUGUAAUGCACCAAGUGAACUGCAAUCUCCCCUUGUUGAGAGCAUUGUUUAAAAGGUACACAAUUCUCCCCCCAACAAGCUGAAGGGUCUACUGAAGUAUUACAAAUCCCACCCUGUUGGCCUCUUAACCACAGUAAUGAAAUAUACCUCCCGUAAGCUGCUGUUUACGUCUCUCAAUCACGUCUAGACGUUUGUUUGUAAAUAGUUGUACAUUUUCAGCCUAUUUAUUGCACCUCUUUAAAAAGAAGAAAAAAAACAAAACAAAAAAAAACACACACAGACAACACAUGCCAUCUCAUGGAGACAAGACAAAACAGAGGAAAAGACAGCUAUUUUUGGAAAAAAAGACUUUUUAUUACGAAAUGUUCUUGUUACAACUUUCCAUCAGUUUUCAUUUUUUUUUUUUUUACAAAAAGAAAGGAAAAAAAAAAAAUCAUCACGGGCAGUUUGUUUGCAUCCCACUUUUUGCGAGGAGAAAAUACUGCUUUUCUGUCACUGGAGUCUGCCUAGAACAUGUGCUAUCCAUAAAGACUUUUUACUUCGA